AUGGAAGAGUUGAAGAGUCUGAGACUGGUAACUGCCAUCAAGACUCCAUACGAACGCAAUGGCAAAAUCGAUCUUGAUACCUAUGAUAACAUGGUGAACAUGCAAAUUGAAAAAGGUGUCCAAGGUAUCCUUGUUGGUGGAACAGCCGGUGAAGAUGGUGUAAUGACCUUAUCUGGCCUAUACAGCCUUAUAUCACACAUAAGGAGAUCAUUCGGCAACAAAAUCAAGAUUAUCGGCUAUGUUGGAUGGAAACUGACAUCAGACAACCAGAUUAGUUUCUGUAAUGACAUGGAUGCCGCGAUGUAUAUAAACCCUUACCCUCAUAAUGAUAAUGUCUCAUCAGACGACCGUUUGAUUGUUCACUACGAUCGUCUGCUUUCAAUGGGCCCGGGGAUAAUAUACAGAAAUCAACACAACACAUCAACUAUCGGAUUACCUAUGAGGGUAGUUGAAGAAUUGUCUGAAAAUCCUAACUUUGUUGGCAUCAAGGAAAACAAAAGAGGGAAUAUCCUAACUUAUGCAAGUAAGGGAAUUCAUGCUUGGACUGGAAAAGAUGAAGAAAGCCACAAAACUAUAUGGGAAUAUGGUGCCACUGGAGUUUACUCUAUUGCUGGAAAUUUAGUUCCUGGUCUGAUGAAGGAACUCCUGUUUGAAGGUAUGAAUCCUUCAUUAAAUUUGAAGUUGAAACCAUUAUUUGAUUGGCUUUUUGAUAUGUCUGGUUGGAGUGUUAUGAACAUUAGUACUUUGUUUCACAAUCCUUUGAACACUGCUCUGGCUCAACUUGGAGUUAUUAAACCAGUUUUUAGGAGACCACAUGUUCCUGUUUCUGUUGAAAAAAGAAGAGAGUUUGUGGAUUUAGUGGAACAAAUUGGCAGAGAUAAUUUUGUUGGCGAAAAAGAUGUUAGAGUUCUUGAUCAACGUGACUUUAUUACAUAUUAUGAAGAAAUCUACUAG